AUGAAUAGAAUAACUGUCAUGUUAAAAGCAUUAACCGUACCAGGCUCACCGGCACAGAAUGACACAACGCUGUUAUCAUCCGUGCACUGUGCUCUAAAUGUAUGGUUAAUACAUGACUGGCAGAAUCCCAACUGGUGGUGGAAUCAGAUAGGAAUUCCACUUCAAGCAACCAGUCAGCUGUUGAUGCUAGGUGACAAUGCAACUGACUUUGAAAUAUCAAUGAUAAAGAACAUGUCCUAUCGUGCAGACUGGUGGUAUCAUGAUCCUGGCACAGGUGCUAAUCUAGUGUGGAUGCUUCAGAUCGAACUAUAUCGAUCACUAGCAACUGAUAACAGAACAGGCGUAGAGCAAGGCUUCACUCGUAUGUGGAAAGAUAUAGCUGUGUUGCCAUUGGGUGGACAAGGUAUACAAAGCGACUGGUCAUAUCAUUUUCAUGGGCAGCAGAUACUAUCAGCUAGCUAUGGCCAAGACUGGGCUAUUGCUAUAAUCAUAUUUGUUAUAUGCAGUGACCAAACUCAGUAUGAAAUAGAUAAGCAACAACUGUCAAUAUUCGCUACUUUUCUUACUGAAGGGGAUGCGUGGAUGUCUAUGGGCGAAGUCUGGGACUGGAGUGUGUUAGGCAGAGAUAUUGACAGACCUAACACUGAACAACUAGUGGCAAUCAAACCAGACUGGCUGAGAACUCUCUCAAAGUUAAGUGAACUGAAUAACAGUAGAGAAUUAUUAAACUGGGCUGAUCGCCUAGAUGCACUAUCAGAUGCUACUCCACUCGUUGGUAACAGGCAUUAUUACACUUCUGACUACCACGUUCAUCGUCGCGCAAACUGGACAAGUACUAUCAAAAUGCAAUCAAUUCGUACCACCCCAGCAGAGUGUAUCAAUGCAGAGAAUCAGAAGGCAGAACAUGUUGGCCAGGGUGUGCUAAACUUGUAUGCUACUGAUGCACAGAUCGGCAGGUCUAGUGAAUAUAUACAAAUCUUUCCUUUGUUGGAUUGGCAAGCCAUCAAUGGAAUAACGGUGGAGCAUGAUAUUCCGAUUGAGCCAUGUAAAAAUGGAAGGUUCGAUCUCAUAAAGCUUAGUUUUGUUGGUGGUGUCAGUGAUGGUAACUAUGGUGUAGCAAUGAUGGAUACAGCAUCUCAUAAUCUUACUACAAAAAGAUCUUGGCAUUUUUAUGAUGAUGCAAUAAUUGCACUUGCUAGCGAUAUCACAUUAUCUACUGACAACAUUGCUUGGACUACGCUAGCUAGUCGUAUAUUACCUGACCCUAACAGUAGCGUAACAGUUGGAUUUUUCAAUACCAGCAUUAUCACUCUAUCUGAUGGAAACUACUCGUUCCCUUAUAGUUCAGAUAGAGCAUCCAAUGUGCAGUGGUUCCAUGCAGGCGGAGUAGGUUAUGUGCUUCAGACACAAGAACAAUAUUUUGCGUUAGGUCUAGAGGUAGGCAGAAAGACAGGUAACUAUAACACUUUUGGUCCAUACAAUUUCACAAUUACUGCAAGGAUGUUAACCGUCUGGUUAAAUCAUGGAUUAGGGCCAUAUAUACUAGCCUACCGUUAUGUCAUGUUACCCAAUGUUACUGCCAGUGAAAUACCUCAUCUAGUAAAUCGUUAUGUUGAAGCACAAGUCUUCUCUUGUAUCUCAAGUAGCAAAAAUCUCCACGCAUCCAUUUGGCCUACUCUGCAACGUGCAUCGUUUGUUCUGUUUGAAAACAGCACUAGUCAUUCUUACUCGUGUCAGAGUCCAUCUUUCCAAGUCACUGCUCAGUUGUCCGAUAGUGGAGCAUAUCUAUUUAGCGAGACUGAUACUGACUUUUCCAUUAGUGCCUCUCAUCCAACUCGUGUUAAUGGUAAUGUUAGUCUGAUAGUUGACAGAGCGGGGGAUGGAGAAGGAUGUAUGAGGUCAGCUGGAUCUACCAUUGUAACAUUAGCGUUGCCAACCUCUCCUCAGCUGCUGGGUGCAUCUGUCACAGUCACAUGCAGGAAAGGGUAG